AUGACCAUCCAAGACGGUGGCCGAUUUGAUUUCAUCAUUGUUGGCGGUGGUACGGCUGGUAACAUUGUUGCCAGUCGUCUUGCUGAAAGUCCCAAUGCCAGAAUUCUAAUCGUCGAAGCUGGUAUUGGUGACUCCAAAGACAAUGAAGACAUCCGGACUCCUGGACUUGCUAUGGACUUGCGUAGCAGCAAGUAUGACUGGGCUUACAAGACGACCAUGGUCAAACGUGAUGACUAUGAGCGUAUUGAGAAGCCCAACACCCGUGGAAAGGCCCUCGGUGGUAGCUCUUCUUUGAACUAUUUCUCUUGGGUGCCUGGCUCUAAGGCCACCUUUGAUAUGUGGGAGGAAUUUGGCGGCAAGGAAUGGACCUGGGACCCUCUUGUUCACUACCUUCGCAAGAGUGUGACCUAUCACGACGACGAGGGCUUAUAUCCACCCGAGCUGAAAAAGAUCGGUGGUGGUGGCCCAAUUCCAAUUGCCCAUGCGGAGCUCAUUCCUGAGAUGCAGGGCUUCCGUGAGCAUCUCAUUACUGCCUGGAAGUCUACCGGCCAGGUCGUCACUGAGAACAUCUUUGAUGGUGAGAUGAAUGGCCUAGUCCACAGUGUCAACACCAUCUACAAGGGUCGCCGCUCGGGCAGCUUCCUCGCGGUCGCAGACAAGCCGAACAUCACCAUACUCCCCGAAGUUCACUCAAAGAAACUUAUUAUCGAUGACGCCGAUCUAACUGCCAAGGGUGUGACUGUGAUCACUGGCUCUGGAGAAGAGCUCGACUUCUACGCUACCCGUGAGGUCAUCGUUUCGCAGGGUGUCUUUGAAACCCCUAAGCUCUUGAUGCUUAGCGGUAUUGGACCGGCGCCUGAGCUGGCCAAGCACAACAUCCCCUUGAUCGUCGAUUCUCGCCACGUCGGUCAGCACCUUUUGGAUCACCCCGGUGUACCCUUCUGUCUUCGUCUUAAGGACAGCUUCUCGAUGGAUAACCAUGUUCUACAAAAGGGUCCUCUCCAUACUAAGGUCCUGGAUGCUUACUCCAACGGAAAGCACAAGGGCCCAAUGGCAUCUCCUUUCCUCGAGCUGAUCGGUUUCCCUCGCAUCGACAAGUAUUUGGAAAACUCUCCAGAAUACGUCAAGGCGAAGGCGGCUAACGGCGGUGCUGACCCCUUCUGUCCGUAUGGCCAGCCUCACUUCGAACUUGAUUUCAUCCCCAUGUAUGGCAGUGCCUUCCAGUGGCACUUCCCGCACCCGGGAAAAAACAAGGGCAGUUUAAUGACAGUCAUGGUUGAUCUCGUCCGCCCUGUCUCGGAAGGUGGUGAGGUUACUCUGAACAGUGACGAUCCCCUCGAGCAAGCGAACAUCAAUUUGAACUACUUCAACAACGACCUGGAUAUUAUUGCCGUUCGCGAGGGUAUCAGAUUUGCCUACGAUGUCCUGAAGCAUGGCAAGGGCUUCAAGGAUAUUGUUGAAGAUGAAUACCCUUGGGACAUGCCACUUGAUGAUGAGGUAGCGAUGAAGAGAACUGUCCUGGAUCGCUGUCAGACUUCCUUCCAUCCUUGUGGCACUGCUCGCCUGUCCAAGGAUAUCAAACAGGGUGUCGUUGAUCCUAAUCUCAAGGUUCACGGUAUAAAGAACCUUCGUGUUAUUGAUGCCUCUGUUAUUCCUGUUAUCCCAGAUUGCCGUAUUCAGAACUCUGUCUACAUGUGCGCCGAGAAGGGCUCCGAUGCGAUCAAACGUGACCACAAGGAUCUGUACGCUUAG